AUGAAAUCUAUUGUUGAGGGUAUUCCUGAGCCAGUGGAAGUUCCACCUACAGGUGGAAGUGCACCUAUCAGCCAGGUUCCUAAUUUGUCUGCUCAGCCUCAGCAAGCUUCACAACCAGGAAUUGUUCCUUCAACUGGACCAAAUGCAAAUCCUCUAGAUCUUUUUCCACAGGGUAUUCCAAGCAUUGGUUCAAAUGCUGGAGGUGCGAACAACCUAGAUUUUCUACGCAACAGUCCACAAUUCCAAGCCCUUCGAGCAAUGGUGCAAGCCAACCCACAAAUCUUGCAGCCCAUGCUUCAGGAGCUAGGAAAGCAGAACCCUCACUUAGUGAGACUGAUUCAAGAGCACCAGGCUGAUUUCCUUCGCCUGAUCAAUGAGCCUGUUGAAGGCGGAGAAGGCAACAUACUGGGGCAGCUUGCUGGAGCAGUUCCGCAGGCAUUAACAGUGACGCCUGAGGAACGUGAAGCCAUAGAUCGUGUAAGUGCAAACAUUCCUUCCACCUGA